AAAGCCUAUAAAUAAUGCUCCCUGGUUAAUACCAUUUCAAUACUUGCAAGUUACAACAAACAAAAAAACAUAAACAUAGUUAAACUAAUUAUUACAAGUAACACUCAAGAACAUGGAGGAGCAGAGCAAGAACAAGAUCAGUGAGGAAGAAAAACAGCUUCAUGGGAAACGAAGUAGACCAAAGGGAGGAUUGAUUACUAUGCCAUUCAUCUUUGCUAACGAGAUAUGUGAGAAGUUGGCGGUGGUUGGGUUUCACGCAAACAUGAUAAGCUAUCUAACAACACAGCUUCACCUUCCCUUAACCAAAGCAGCCAACACUCUCACUAACUUCGGGGGAACUUCGAGUCUCACUCCUCUCCUCGGUGCCUUUGUCGCCGACUCCUUCGCCGGCCGCUUUUGGACCAUCACGUUCGCUUCGAUCAUCUACCAAAUAGGGAUGACACUACUGACAAUAUCAGCAAUACUUCCGACGCUAAGGCCACCACCAUGUAAAGGAGAAGAGGUUUGUGUAGUAGCAGACACAGCACAGUUGAGUGUACUGUACAUAGCUCUUCUUCUUGGAGCUCUCGGGUCGGGUGGGAUCCGACCUUGUGUUGUUGCUUUUGGUGCGGAUCAGUUUGACGAGUCGGAUCCUAACCAAACUACAAAAACAUGGAACUACUUCAACUGGUACUACUUUUGCAUGGGAGCAGCAGCAUUAGUGGCGGUGACGGUACUUGUGUACAUCCAAGAUAACGUUGGGUGGGGUUUAGGUUUGGGCAUCCCGACAGUAGCUAUGUUCUUAUCCGUUAUUGCUUUUGUCGGCGGCUUCAAGCUUUACCGUCAUUUGGAUCCAUCGGGUAGUCCAUUUACCCGUUUGAUCCAAGUGGCAGUCGCAGCUUUCCGCAAAAGGAAACUGAUGAUGGUUUCUGAUCCUACUCUUCUAUAUACGAACGAUGAGAUUGAUGCUCCUAUCUCCUUAGGUGGUAUACUCACCCACACCAAACACAUGAGUUUCUUGGACAAAGCAGCUAUAGUAACAGAGCAAGACAAUCUAAAACCGGGUCAAAUCCCAAACCCAUGGAGGCUAACCACAGUCCACCGGGUCGAAGAACUCAAAUCCGUGAUCCGAAUGGGCCCAAUCGGAGCCUCCGGUAUUCUCCUAAUUACAGCCUACGCCCAACAAGGAACCUUUUCUCUCCAACAAGCCAAAACCAUGAACCGGCAUUUAACCAAAUCAUUCCAAAUACCGGCCGGUUCGAUGUCGGUUUUCACAACCAUCGCAAUGCUCUCAACGAUCGUCUUCUACGACCGUGUCUUCGUCAAAAUCGCCAGAAAAUUCACCGGACUCGAGCGAGGCAUCACGUUCCUCCACCGCAUGGGAAUCGGAUUCGUGAUCUCGAUCGUCGCGACGCUCGUCGCCGGAUUCGUCGAGAUCAAACGCAAACGCGUCGCGAUCGAGCACGGGCUUUUGGAUAAACCGCACACGAUGGUCCCGAUCUCGUUUCUCUGGCUGGUUCCUCAGUACAGUCUCCACGGAAUCGCCGAGGCUUUUAUGUCGAUCGGGCAUUUGGAGUUCUUCUACGACCAAGCGCCGGAGAGCAUGAGGAGUACGGCGACGGCGCUGUUCUGGAUGGCGAUUUCGAUCGGGAACUAUGUGAGCACUUUGCUCGUGACGUUGGUUCAUAGAUUUAGCGCUAAACCGGAUGGAAGCAAUUGGUUACCGGAUAACAAUUUGAACCGAGGGAGGCUCGAGUAUUUUUACUGGGUGAUCACUGUGUUACAAGCGGUUAACCUCGUGUAUUAUCUUUGGUGUGCCAAGAUUUACACGUAUAAACCGGUUCAGGUGCAUCAUAUCAAAGAAGACACUAGUCCGGUUAAUAAUGAAUUACAAUUAUCCAAUAAAAAUUGAGUGAUGCAUGAGCUCUUUUGGAUAUGUAAUGUAAGUGGUACUAUUAUCUAUAAACUCAAUAAAAAUAGAAAGCUUUACUUUUUCAA